AUGAAACCAUACAUAUCUCUAAAACCAUUGCUAGAACAUGAAGAGAAAAAGGAAAAAGAACGAGAAAGAAAUAAAAAAAGACAAAUACCAAAAUUACAAGCUUCUCGACGUGCAAGAGAAUAUGAAACCCAACAACAAUCAAUGUUAUUGGCUUUACUAAAUAAGUUUUGUACUGUACAUAUUACAAAACAAUGUAAAAAGGCUGAGGUUACACAUCAAUUUUUUCGUAUAAAAUUGAUUCAGUUUUCAAUAGAAGAUGAAAUCAAUGUUGAAAGAUUUUUAAAUACAAGAACUCAAGAAAGAAAACAAUUUGAAAUGAGGUGUGGAUGUACAGAAAAAACUUCUAAAAGAAGAAUGCAAAUCAAUAAAAAAGUAGAAUUACUUCAUUUACUUAUUGAUCUUCUUAAUGAAAAAGGAUUUACGUUUAGAAGUAGAUUUACUGAUCAAAAAAUGGGAUCAUUACAAAAAGAAACAGUACUUCAAAUUUAUUACAAAAAUGUAUUUAUAUUUAAUCAUGAAACUAUUAUUAAAAAAAGUCUUAUUAUUCAUGAAUUAAUUUCUCAAAAAUUAUUAUCUAAAACAACUGAUUUACUAUUAAAACAAAAUGACUAUGAUAUUCAGAAUGUCUUAUGUAAUUAA